AUGAACUAUGCCAUCCGGUCUGGUAUAGCCAUAACGGCUACAUACGCAUUACGCCAGUCUUCAAAGUUGCUCAAGAAAGUCGAUGGAGCCGAGCGAGAGGAGCUAAGGACUCUCCAAAAUCGCCUUCAAAGCAAAAUACAAAUUAUAUCUCCCGCUAUUGAUAUGAUUGAGCUCAUUGCAGCAAGAGGCAACACUUCUCUUGAAUCUGCUGUCAAUCUUACAAAGGCACUAAGAUUAGAUAUUCAGAAUCUAGGCCAACGAUUAGCCCACGUCGUUGGUAAUGAAGAGGCUCAUGGGAAAAGAGCGUCGGCCAAGCGUCGAGUGCAACUUGACGCUGAGAUAAAUGCUGUCAUGAUGGAGAUAAGAACUCUUCUGGAUCGCAUCGAGGACGCAGUACCGCUCAUAAAUUUAGCGAUCACUACUUCAGGGGCAAGAUUGUCGACUACAUUACCUUCUACUGUCUCACCGUCUCGGCUACUGCAGGCUAGCACAUUUCUAACAGCUGGUGACACUCAAUACUCUUUAACACCAACCCGCUCAGUGCAGGUUGGCCCCACCUUCACACUGUCUGUAUAUCUACUGUUUGCAAGUCAUGUUCGGCCGACAGACGAAGAGGGCAUCCGGGAGACUACGUGGAAAGAAGCCAUACACAAGGCGAGAGUGAAAAUAUGUCGCGUACCUAUGGAUGUGGUUCUCGCUGAUCAAUACGGAGAACAACGCAACAUUCGGGGCGAGGCUAGAGCGGACGAAUUUGCUUACCAGAUACUUAUUACUGAAGAUCUUGAUGAUGGAAGAGUUCAUGCGUUUGAGGAUGACGAACCCAAGCCGGGACCUUUUGAAGGUGUAGCCCAGGCUGGCAUUAGGGAUGUUAUACCCAUACACCAGAUAUCCAAGAUUUUUUACGCAGACACAGGAAAGAUUCUAAACAUUGGUACAGAAGGUGAAGCCAAUAAUCCCGUGCUUCUUCUCAAGCGAGAUAUAAAUGCGGUUCCACCACGAGGAAUGGUUGAACGAGAAGAACUUACUGGAUACUUUAAUCCCGAGGAUAGUGACGAGCCUGAAACAUCUGAGCCAUAUGACGAUGAACAAGCACAGAUCGAUGCUCAACUGAUGGGAUCCCAAGGUAUACAUAAACCGCUUGAUCCGGUACAAUACAAAAACGAUAUCCCUGAACAUUGGCGGUUCCCCCCUGGGCUCGACCUAGAAUGGAUAGCUCUUGAGGUCCACCAGGAAGAGGUCGAAUCUGACGAUGAUGACAAUGAUGAAGUUGAAACAGAGACGGCUCCUGCUACAGCCACAAAAGAAGAUGUGCUUGCUGACAAUUUAGCGAAGCUGAGUAUACCCAAUAAGCAUGAGUCAACCUCAAGCCAGAUUGCUAUUCCCCCUUCUUCAGUCCAACCAACAUCGUCAUUGACGGUGUCUAACCCUCUAUUCAAUAACAUCCGAACCUCGCUAUCACUGCUGGAAACAUUAUUGCGGCUUACCUCCCUUCAACAGUUUCAGCAACAAUCCCAUCUCUCCAUCACAGAUGAACUUCUCACAUUCUUCCUCGAAGAGUCGUCUGCCACAGGAGCAGGUGGAGAUGAACACCAUAGACAGCGAGUCCGAUCCGAAGCGAGAAGAAAGGUCGGAUGGGAUCCAUACGAUGAAAGCCCUCUAAAGCCGCGUGGGGAAGACUAUCAGUACCAGAAUGAACAUGGAUCUGUCGCAAGCACUCCAUUGAGGCCCCGGAUGCAGUCUAUAGACCCAGACGAAGGUUUUGAUGAAGUAACUACUCAAAUGAGGAGCAAACAUGUCGGUAGAUAUCACGAAUCACCACGGAGUAGGCGACGGAGAGAAUCAUCACAUCCAUUAUCGCCUUCUAUUCCGCAUCCCUCGACUCCUGCAUCGCCGUCUCCUAAGGAGAACGACACUGAUGACAAUGAUAGAAAAUUGUCAGCUCUCGGACGACAGGCUCCCUCGAACAAGCCUCACAGGGCAAACGACUCAUUUCUAAGAACCCAAUCAGCAACAAGACAUAACUAA